CGCCGCGCUUCCUCCCGCCCCGCGGCCGGAAGGCAGCGCGGCCCGGGCCGCGGAGCGUGCGGACUGGGGAGCAGCAGAGGGACGGGCCUCGGCGGCGGCGCCGCCGCUGCGGGUCGCAGCGGCUUCCGCAGUGGGGGCGGGCGGCGGAGCGCGCAGGCCGGGGGAAGGGCCGGGCCCCGCCGCCGCGCGGGGCGAUGGAGUGAGGCGGCCGCGCUCGGCAGCGCGAAGAUGGCCGGCGGCGGCGGCGGUGGCGGCUGCAGGGACAGCUUGUUUCUGGAAGCUUUGGCGAGAUCAGAGUCCAAGAGAGAUGGAGGUUUUAAAAAUAAUUGGAGCUUUGAUCAUGCUGAAGAAAGUGAAGGAGACACAGAAAAAGAUGAGGCAAAUCUGCUCAGCAUAGAUGACAGUGAUGGGCCGUUCAGUCCAAAUGAAGAAAGGAAGUCACUUCGUUGUCGGCCAGGAGCUGUUGGCACCAGUGGUGAUUCUAUAAAAACAUAUGCAAGGCGAGGCAAAGCUGGCAGCUUGAGACUUUUUAAAGGGAACUCAAUUGGCCUCAACAUGAUGGGAAAUAGCAAGAAAUUAAGUGAAAAUGCUCAGAAUAUGUCUUGUCCUGUAACUGUGGUACAUGGUAGACGUUUUCACCAUGCGCAUGCGCAGACAACAGUAGUAAAAACAGCAGCCCAAAGCAAUCUGGAUCGAAAGGAAAGAAAAGAAUAUCCCCCUCAGCUUCAGAAAGUAGAAGCAGACCACAUUAGGUUACCACGGUCUCAAGGAGUGGACAGUAUAAUGGAAAACACAGAAGAGUCAGAAUCAGAAUCAGAAUCUGAAAUUAAGAGGAAGGUACAACAGAAACGUCACUGCAAUUCAUUUCAGUCUGACUUGUCUCUAUCUUCUGCUACAAAAAAAUGCUUAACCCAAUUAAAGCUUUUGGAACAAAUUGAUUAUUCAGCUGAUUGCCCAAAUUGUGGGCGGGCAAACGAAAAUCAGACCAAAUGCCGACAUUGUGAAAAUGUUUCUCUUAAGGAUUUGCAAAGAGUCUCCAGACAAACUGUGGCAUUAAGUGAAUCUGCGGGACCCUUAUCACGUUCUUCAAUACAUCAGAAUUCAACAGGGCAAAAAUCUUCAGGUACAGGGUUCAACACAAAGAAGUUUUAUAGUUCUGCUGUUGGGAAAGGCCCAGCGGAUAUUCUACUGAGUAAUGAUAUCGUAGGACAUUCUAUGUUACGACAGAAUGGAAAAGUUGGUCUUAUAACUGGGACAAAAAGUCCUAAAAUUACAGGAAACCUAAGACAAAGGAGUACAAGACCGUCUGAACUAAAUGAUCCAAUUGUUUUAUCUAGUGAUGAUGAUGAGGAGGAGGAUAGUGGCAGCACUAGGAGAAUGGAAAGCAUUUCACCUCGUCCUGCAGAUUCAGCCCGCUCCUCCCCAGCUCCUUCUACAGGAAAGGUGGAAGCAGCAUUAAAGGAAAACAGUUGUGGAAUAGAACAGAGAAUAGGUAGUAUUACAACAGAUACAGAAAUUGCAGUCACACUACCAAGAAAAGCAAGAAUGAAAGAUCAGUUUGGCAAUAUUGUGUCUAACACUCCAAUAAAACGUCGUAAAGUUAUUUCUCAAGAAAUCGUAACUGAAGCUGUACCUCUAAGUUAUCAAAAUUCCUGUGAAAGUGUCAUUCUGAACUGUCGAAGUAUACGAAUAGGAACUCUGCGAAGAAUGGUAGUGGAACCUGUGAUUUUUUGCCUAGAUUAUAUCAAAAUACGACUAGAAAGUCAAGAAGAUUCAGAAAAUGAUACUGGAGAGAUUAACCUGAAAACUUCAGAGCUGACUAAAUGUGAAUGGUGCAGUGUCCGAAAAUUACCAGUAGUUUUUCUGCAAACGGUACCGUCAACCUGUAGUAGCCUGAGAGACCAGCUGAAGAUGAGUAAAGAUAAUGUCUGGUAUGAGUGUAAAGGAGACAGUCAAGAAGAGCAGUACAUCAUUUUGAUUUUUGAAACUGGCCUUGAUCCUCAUGCAAACUCGAUAUUUGAAAAAAUUAUUACUGACAUUGGUAUUAGAAAUAAUAUUUCUGACUUCUUUGUGAAAAUUUCCUUUGAAGAAGCCAAUGGCAGACUGGUUGCAUUUACGAAGUGCUUGGAAGACAAUUCCAAAGGAAGCCCUUCUCAUAGAGAAAACAAAAUAAAAAAUGUUGCUUCUGAGUCCAAAAUGCAGCAACGAAAUAAACAGUUACCAUAUUUUGAUGAUGAUGAAGAAAUUGGAGAACCACAUACAGUAUUUAUUGGUCCCAUAGAAAAGUUGAUAGUUUAUCCACCACCUCCUGCUAAAGGCGGUAUUUCUGUGACCAAUGAAGACCUCCAUUGCCUGAAUGAAGGAGAAUUUUUAAAUGAUGUUAUUAUUGAUUUUUAUUUAAAGUAUUUGGUACUUGAAAAACUGAAAAAAGAAGAUGCUGAUAGAAUACAUGUGUUCAGUUCAUUCUUCUAUAAACGCCUUAAUCAGAGAGAAAGAAGAAAUGUUCAUGAAACUUCAAACCUCUCAAUACAACAAAAACGACAUGGACGAGUGAAAACAUGGACACGUCAUGUUGACAUUUUUGAGAAAGAUUUCAUUUUUGUUCCCCUUAAUGAAGCUGCCCACUGGUUUUUGGCUGUCAUCUGUUUUCCUGGUUUAGAAAAACCUAAAUACGAACCAAAUCCUCAUUAUCAUGAAAAUGCUGCAACACAGAUAAAAUCUUCCUCUUCAGAUGGAGAGAGCAACACUCCAUCUCCUUUGCCAAAUGAGUUAGAUGUACAAAACUCGCCUUCCAAGUCCUCAACAAAGAAGACAUUGACCAAAAAGUAUAAUACAGCUUUAAUUGACCCAAACACUGAAACAGAGGACACUGAGUCUUCAUGUUGUAGAAGAAGUCCCUGUAGGGUAAAAAGUGGUUUCAAAAAACUAAAUCAAAUAGACAGUGAUGUUGAAGAACCUAACACUGUGCAGUCAGCAUGCCAUAAACUUGACCAUAGGGCUCCAGAUGAAAAUGGUAUACAGGGUGAAUUCACAACCGCUGGCCAAUCUAUUGAUGGUUUGCACAAAAUCAGACUAAACUAUAGUGAAGACUCAGCUGAUGGCAGUAAACUAAAUGAAGAUGAGCUUAUAGAUUUUUCUGAAGACCAAGAUAACCAGGAAGACAGCAGUGAUGAUGGUGGACUUGCAGAUGAUAACUGUAAUUCAGAAAUGGGACAAUGGCACUUGAAGCCUACUAUCUGCAAGCAGCCUUGCAUUUUGCUUAUGGACUCACUGAGAGGCCCUUCCCGGUCCAAUGUUGUGAAAACACUAAGGGAGUACUUAGAGGUGGAAUGGGAAGUCAGGAAAGGCAAUAAAAGAAGCUUUUCCAAAGAUGUCAUGAAAGGUUCCAAUCCCAAAGUGCCACAACAAAAUAACUUUAGUGAUUGUGGAGUGUACAUAUUGCAGUAUGUGGAGAGUUUUUUUGAGAAUCCCAUUCUGAGUUUUGAGCUACCAAUGAAUUUAACAGACUGGUUUCCACGCCCAAGAAUGAAAACCAAAAGAGAAGAAAUACGAAAAAUAAUCCUGAAACUGCAGGAACAGCAGAACAAAGAAAAGAAGGGACAGAAGGAUCUAAAUUCAACAGAAAGAUCUUUACAGGAAGGAACAGAACAACUUAUCAACAGCAACUCAGACUGAAUGUUGUAUCUGUUGCAUGUUAGCUCCACAAUCAAAAUUGAAAUACACAUUUUGUCUGCCCAGACUAAAGAAUUGGCAUAUUCUCUGCUCAAAGUUACUUGGGAAUGUUUAAUGCCUGUAUAAAUGUGUGUCAUAAAAUGAAUUAAUUCCCACAAAGAUGUGUAUUACAUAAGUAAGUCUGUACAUAUGUUAAUGAGGCCAACUUUUUCAGCAUUUGUAAUUACUUUUUUUUCCACUUGUUAGGGAGCUUUUGUUAUGUAUUUCUGUUAAUAGAACUAAAAUAGCAACUUCUAAACAUAAAGCAAAUAAAGAAAAUAUUUAUAGGAUAAAAUGGUUAACUUUUUCUUUUUCAGUAAAGUUGUAAUGUUACAGGGUGAAGUAACACAUAGCAACUGAUUUGGUAGUAAGAUAAUUCAUACUUUGAUCCUAUUUAGUUGUCCUUUACAAGAUUAUUCUGCUUGCGCUACAAACAAUAAUAAGGGUAAGUGUCAAUGUACCAAGGCCUCAGAGAGGGUGAUUCCCAUCCUCGCAGUAUCUAAGUGUAGGCAGUGUAAUAGUUAAUAGGACUGCUUCAGAUUUGGGGUUUUAAAAGAUAUGCAUUGCAAUUAAAAUUCCACACUUGCUUUAGUGGGACAGGCUAGGCUAAGGGGAAGAAUGCUCUUUGACCAGAGAUUACUAUUCAAGCAGUAUUAUAAAAGUGGUUUCAAUGAAGUGAUCUUGAGUGAUACUAUUAAAUCAUAUUUUGUGGAUCCCAGUUGUUGUACAGGUGUAUUUUGAGACUUUCUUCAUUAUAAAAUUGUAUUUUGGUAAGUGUACUUGGAAUAGCAGAUUGCCCACAUUACAUUUUCUAUGUUAUAAUUCUGAAUGUUACAUUCAUAUGUGCUUUAUCUAAGUAAUGAACAUUUUAAAAAAAAGUGUAUGAUUACUAUUUUUUGUAAUAUCCACGCAAAAAACCAAAAUACCAGUGUUCA